AUGGCGGAGCCACGCCAGAUCACUUUAGAUGAGCAAGGAGCUCCGAAUAUUGUGCUUCAACCAUUGCAAGCAAGAUAUCCCAACCUUGAUCUAAACUUUAAACUGAAGAGUAGCUUGAUAAAUCUACUACCUAAGUAUCAUAGGUUGCCGGGUCAAGACCCCAUCCGACAUCUAAAGGAUUUUCAAGUUGCUUGUUCUACUACUCGAAGGCAUGGAGCCGAUGAGGUGGCUAUCAUGGUCUUUGCUUUCCCCUUCUCCCUUGAAGCUCAAGCAAAGACAUGGUUUUAUACGCUACCGGAUGAGAUUGCUACCAAUUGGAAUUUCUUGAGAAGAGAGUUCUUAAAUAAAUUCUUUCCACCAGAGAAGACCGAUUACAUUCGGAAGGAGAUUUCGGGUAUAAUGCAAAGAGAUCAAGAGAGUUUGUAUGAAUAUUGGUCUCGAUUCAAGAGGCUACUAGAGUCUUGUCCACACCAUGGAAUGAACACUCACUUGCUCAUUAGCUACUUCACCGGAGGUCUUUGUGUGGAAGAUAGAAGAUUGCUCACCGCUUCUAGCAGUGGUUCCCUUUCGAAAAACAAGAUGGAGGGAGAAGCUUGGAGUUUGAUAGAGGAUGUUGCCGAAGCUACGCAACAUACAAGAGUGAGAAGUAAUCAUCUCAAGAGUGUGGUAGAACCAUCCCCCUCCGAAGCAAGCCUAACCAAAGCACUUGGGGAUAUGACCAUCAUUCUCACCCAAAUACAUAAGGAUCAAAAAAAGUUUUACUCCAUCCAAGCCGUCCAAGCCCCACCUCCAGUGGCCCUACUUGAAGGCCCUCCUAGGAUUUAUAGUUUGUGCUCUAGCACCACACAUUACACCGAUCAAUGCCAUCAAAUUCAAGAAGAGCAUGCCCUUGUAUUGGCCAAUGUGAAUUACAACAAUCGUCCACCCUACCCUUCUCAAAGCCAAAACCAUUACCCUCAUGGUAGUAAUCAACACCAAGGGUGGAGGGAUAAUGCACAAGGGAACAAUCAAAUUCAAAGAUGGAACAACUCUCCUUCUCAUCACAACAACAAUUACCAAGCCAACCAAAACCAAAACAACUACACCAAGUACCAAGUACCACACCAUAGACAACAAUCCAACCACACCUCUCCACCUUCCACCAACCAAAUUGAAGAGCUUAAAGCCACUGUGAAAAAAUGGGAUGAGGGCUAUAAGGCUCAAUUCGAGGCUAUGAAUGCUCAAUUGGCCAAUCUUGCCGACAUAAUUUCAAAGAUGUCCAUAUCCCCCUCCAACAAUACCAACCAACCCUCGAGUUCUUCCAACCUUCCAUCCUAA